UGAGAUUUUCAACAAAUAAAUAUAACAUGACAUCUUUUGAGAGUAUAGUUGGAUUUGAUUUUGAUGACCUUCUCAAGGUGGAUCCAUUCAAGGAUGUAUACAGCAUUGUAUCUUUCAGUAUAUUUGCAACAUUUGUGGCAACUAUUCUGAUAUUGAUUGCGGUUGCGUUCUUGUAUUCUUUCUGCGAAUGCUGUUGUCCAUGCUUGACAACAACAUCCAGAAAGUCUGAACCUAAAUCACCAAAGAUGAAGAAAAACAAUAAAGUGGAGCCAGCUGGAAAAGAAAAAAUGGAAAUGGAAGAUCUUGCCUGGUAGACAUAUGCUCAUAAAAAACUAUAGAUUUGUUAAGCUUUAACAACUGAAAAAUUUAAAUCAAGAAAAUUUUUUGAAAACACAAAGUUUCAUUUCACUUUAAAUAGACACCUUGAUUGUAUAAUCUACAGUUUACAAGAAUCUGACUCUAAAUUAUCUACCGUACUUCAAUAUUCCCCUGUUUCUAUUUUAUAACUUUUCGAGUAAUGUACACAAUUUUUUGUCAAUUUGGUACUUUUCAACCAUAUAUGGUACAGACAAUAUAUAAAAUAUUUGUAUGAAUUGUUAAAUCUUGCCUCUAAUCUUACACUCAAACACAUUUCAUGCAUGUAAGCUGUUUAUCUUGUCGCGUUCAACUUGCCACGUUUUUCAUUAUAUGCCUUAUUUGUUUUCAUAACUAUUCAGAUUGAUGUAAUUCAUUGUAUUGGUGUAUAUUUUAAUAACACUUAGUAAUAAAAAAUUCGAUUCAUUUUAUUUCUGAACAGUACUCUACAGUUCAUUGGUUUUAUUCAGCUUGAUAAAAAAAUUCGAAAAUAUCUUGUAAACAAAUUGUAGCUUUUUUCAUAUUGGAGUCCUGUGACUACCAUUAUUUUAUGUGCCUUUGACAUGACCUUAUCUAUAUUGUAUAAUCAAAAACUCAUUGUAUACUGAUAUAACUGAUGUACCUGAAAUUCUACAUUGAUAGAAACAAUGCAUUAUAUUUGUAUAGUUGAUACAUUAUUUAGAAAGUUAUGGUAUGGCUGGUUAUUGUGUGUCUUUAUAUCUUUUUCUAGUCCCAAGCCAUAAAAUAUGAUAGAAUACAUAGUAGUGCAUUAGUAUAUGCAGAAGGGAAUAUAUGAUUCACAUUAGAUUGCAGGUUGCAAUCUUCAUUUUUUGAUAGCUCUUCAUAAGGGCAAAAUUGCCAGAUGAAAUUUUUCAAGCCCCAAAGAAAGUAUGUCCACUGUGUGCUGUUUAUGCCAGAUUAUGUUGCAUUUCCAAGAUUUUCUUCGUACUGUGAUUCAAAAAUUUUUAUAUUCCAAUCGUUUACAUUGAAUGACUAAUAUAUGCUUGCCUUAUCUUUUUAUGUUGUUAUUUUGAGCACGAUUUAGUGUAGGGAAUUUUUGGUCAAAUGAUUCCUAUUAUCAUUUUUCAAAGUCUGAGUUACCAAUCGAAUUCCACAAUAGUUUGAUUUUCAGUUUUCUGGAUAAGCCAUCUUAUUAUGCCUUCCACUGUGCUGAUUGGAUUUAUAUUAUUUCUAGAGUUGAUUAGAUGUUUGUUGCAUUUCUUGCCUUGCUAUACAAAUAUGAACCUGAUAAAACUGAGCAUGGAGAUGCAUGGAGUACACAAGGGCCAAGGAUAAAUUGUGUCACAGAUUCCAAAGUUUGAAAGAUUCACAUUAUUUCUUGAAAAUUUUUUCUGUAUCAGAAUUUUGGUAAAUUAAAUUUAGUUUAGAAAUACUGAAAAAAUGAUUUCAUUUUUUCAAUUCGGGAAAAGCAUAAUUUUUCAUGUCCCUUGUUCAUUGAAUUACAACAUUAUUGCCAGUUAAAAUGAAGGUUUCUGUUUUAUGAGUAUUUGACAAUAUUGUUUAUAUAUCCA